UGCAAGACUUGUGACAGAAUGAAUGGUGAUUGUAUUGAUUGUGUACACAAAGUCUUAUAUGGACCGAUUUGCAAUUUGUCCUGCAGUUCUUCUUGUAUAAGCUCGAAAUGUAAUGAUGAUGGAGAAUGCUUGAACGGUUGCUCUGAUGGUUACACAGGAGUAAAAUGUGACACAGUUCAAAAGACCAGUGAAGACGUUCGAAGUAGUGCUGGGAUGGUUGUGGUCUGGGUUGUCGUAGGAAUAUCAGCUACUUUGGUGACUCUUGUUAUAAUAAAAAGGAGACACAUUGCGAUAAAGGUUAUCGGGGAAGUACGGUCAGCGAUUAAAAAUGGGCGUUCGAAAACAGAUAUCAAUAAUGUGUAUGAGGAUAUUGACGAUGUAACUGGUGAUCCUUCACAUAACCAGGAAUAUGAAAUGACACAAACAUCGACUGAAGGAGUUGAAAGGCGUUCUUGCCAAUAUUCAAAUACAACAUUACGACAGUGUUAUUGAUUAAUUGUGCAGCGCAAUGUUCAAUAAUCCUAACCAUAUGCGAGCACAUUAACAUAUUAACGGGAUGAUGUGAGAUGUAUGUAGCUGACACUAUGUUUAGCUAUAUUCGAAAAAAGAUAACCCACUUAAUUGUCUUUAUUAAGUAACAUUGAAAUAUUCAAGAGCGUUCCCGAGUAAUGUUACAGAUACUGUGUUUAGAUAAUUGAUCAACAAAAUGCAACGAGUACGCGGGAAUUCAACGAUAGUAGUGUAUAUAUAAGCGGUGUGUAGAGAACAACACAUCAUUUGAAGGCCAGGUCUACGCAUAAAAGUGUAAAACACGGACGGCUGACAGUGUGAUAUUGUGUUAUAAUUUCUGUAAAUGUAAUCUUGUGUAGCUGUGGCAUGUGAAUUAUGUGUAAACUCGAAUAGUCCCUAGACAGUGGGUACCCGUAUAAAUAAAAUCGGCAAACAUCUCGAUAAGUAUUGCUAUCGAUACCAUAUGUAAGAAAAACACUUAUACCUCUAAUCCACGAGUUGUGUUUGUAGACACGAAAACAGAACUUUACGAGGCAUUCUUUGCUUAAGACGACGUUAAUUAUUUGUUAUAGUCCUAAUACAAAAUGAAUGCAUGAUAUUUUCAAUGCAUAUGGCAUUAGUACAAUGAAAAACACAGGGAUAACUGAAAGACUGUUCCUGGUCAACGUCGUUAAUACAUGUGAACAUGAACUAUGUAGAGUAAAAUUAUUAAUCCUAGCCUAUGUCCGCGUGAUAAUUUUUGAAACGCAUAUGACGAGGCUGUUCCUGGUCGUCGUACUAAAAACAUGUGCACAUGUACUACAAUUAUGUAGUGAACUAAAUUAUGUAGUCAUAGCUCAGUGAGUACGCAUGAAUAUCUGUUCUGGAAAUCAAAGUCUGUCUUGAUACAUUGUUGAAACAUUAACAUGCGUUACGCGCUACUACAAGGACGUAAGGAGAUGCGAAAGCGGACAUGAUAAGAGUACAUUAACUGGUGUAUUUGGUACAUAAAAGGUCUGACUUAAAAAUGCCAAAUUAACCUUAUAAGUUUGAUUGCGUGAAAUACCAAAACGUGAGAUUCAGCGAGAAUUCUAA